UGUGAAGCAAAACUCACUGGCAAGACCUGUAAUACCUGUAAUUAUUGUGCCAUGGGUAACGAACGAUACAGUGCUUUUCCUGUCCAAAAACAAAGGAACGUCAGUAUAAUAAAUCAAAAACUAAAUAGAAUAAAAAAGUUAGCUUAAAUAGUAGCUCCAAAAAUGUCCUCUCAAUGUAAGGAUUUAGAUAAACUCUCAGCAGAUCGAAAAUGGGAUGACGUAUUUCACUGCCUUAAAAUCGAUGUGAACUCAACUAUAGAGCUGGGCAGUCUAAAAGAAGCAAGAGUUAACGAGCAUACUGUUGAGUGGUUGGACCAUCACAAAGCGACUAUGAACUCAUUGGAAGUGAUACUAGCAAUUAUUUUGCUGUUUGACGAAAUAAUAUAUUUCAUUCUAAUGUGGUACCUGACAUGUUUUGCAAUCAAAAUUAUACGAUACCACGGCCUGAAGGCAUUAUGGCAGUUGACUCAAAUAUUGAAUUCACUGGAUAAGAGGAGGAUCGAAAAUCAAAAGUGUAAAUCUGAGGUGGCCAAAAAGAAAACUCUCAAGUUCGCAGAAGAUACGUUGGACAAUGCCAAANAUGCCGGACGAGCGACUUCGGAGACAGCUGCUGGAAUCCCUGCACCUGCUAUUGGCGGUUGGCGAGGUGGUGGUGGCUCCGCGAAGGCGCAUGCAUACGCAGCCGAAUGGGACAUUGCACCGUAA